AUGACCCGCACCCUACCCUAUCCCUCACCUCUUCCGCUCCCCCGCUUCAACCAAAGGCUGCAGAAGGCGGGCGGAGGAAAAUGGGCCAGCCGGGAUGAACAGCGGGGAUCGCCCUACCAGCGAGGCAACAAAAACAACAACAAGAAGUGGAAGACGCCGGAAAAGGGCGGAAAGGGGCGGUACACCAAGAAGGGCAAGUGGUACGAUCAGGAGUUCAACGAGGAGACCAUCACCGAUGAAGAGGAACUGCCCUACAUUGAUCGCACGCCGCUCAAGGGCCAGCCGCGCACCCCGAACGGCAUGGUCACCGUCCACUCUAUCAACGAAUCCAUCCGCAACUUCAUCGCUAACGAUGACAAGGAAUGGCUUGAACUUCCGCCGAUGAACAAGAAGCAGCGCGUGAUGGUCCACCAGCUCUCCCAGCUGUAUCACCUCCAGAGCAAGAGCUAUGGGAUGGGACGUCACCGGUUCCCCACCCUCGUCAAGACGGUCUAUUCCUGCUAUCCUCCUCAAGCCGAGCUGCUUGAAUUCCUCAAUCGCGCUGCCAAGAUUAAGGCCGCCAACGGCGCACCAGCGCCGAAGAAGAAGCUCUCGAAGGAGGAGAACAAGCAACUGCGGAAGCUGAAGAACAUGAGAAAGCGCGACGGCGGCAAGGAAACCUUUGUGUCAACCAAGCGCGAGAUGGACGGCAAGGUGGUGGGCGAGGGCGCCGUUCCCCUGGGUCAGGAGACCAUCGGCGCGCGUCUCCUUCUCUCCAUGGGCUGGAGUGGAGGCGGCCUCGUUGGCACCAACGGAGAGGGCAUCGCGGAGCCGCUCAUGGCCAUCGUGAAGAACAACCGGAAGGGCCUGGGCUUCUGA